CCUCAGUAGAAGCUGCUGUUUCCUGUACCUCUUUGUCUAAGGGAAGUUCUAAAAUACACAUCAGAGUGGCUGGAUACACAUCUCUUUCUCAUCACUUUAGUGCACUGCUCUGAAGCAACGGUCUUUUCUGGUUCUUUUUGGCAAUUAGAGAAAAACUACACCAUGGUUAGAAGGAUUUCAUUCUUCGUCUGUUCCUGUCUCCUCCUCCACUGGACAGGUCCAGGUAUUGGUUCAGGUCCUGGAGAAACAUCUGAAGUGAAAACUUCUUCACCUACAAGUGCAUCACAGAGAUCACACGUAUCUUCAACUAUUGCUUCAAGUGUAGCAACACAUCCUACCACCUCUGCUUCACCACCCAGAACUACAAGUGCACCAUCGAGUUCUGAUACUUCAGAUAGUGCUUCAAGUGUAGCAACACAUCCUACCACCUCUACUUCACCACCCAGAACUACAAGUGCACCAUCGAGUUCUGAUACUUCAGAUAGUGCUACAAGUGCAUCUUCGAGUUCUGAUACUUCAGAUAGUGCUUCAAGUGUAGCAACACAUCCUACCACCUCUGCUUCACCAUCCAUAACAACAGCAUCAUCAAAACAAACCACAGUUACUGUAAACAACUGGACUAACACCUCGUCAGCAACUCUAGAGCCAAAUAUCACAAAUUCUCCCACUGGAAAACAAAGUCACAACAAAACUUCUACCAGACAUCCUACUUCACAACCAGCAACAUCAUCAAAAGCAUUUCCUGGACAUGGUGAUCAUGCAAUGCUUGCAAGUUCAGAAAAAAAAUACUUGUGGAUUCUGGUGCCUGUUCUGUGUAUUGCACUGGCAGCAAUGAUAUAUUUGAAAUUCAAGGGUAAAAAAGUUCAGAAUCGGCCAGAAAUGGCUGACAUUGGAACAGAGAAUGCUUCUUUCCAGAGGACGGACAGUAACAAAGAUGGUGUUAUGCUGUUAGGAGUCAGUAAGACAUCAGUUGGAGAGGACAACGCUGCUGCAAGAUAAGUGGAGUCCUGCAGGAGAAGAGGCUCUAAUGAAGAAUAACGAGAGAGGAACUAAAGAGAAAAGGAGUGAUGAAAGCUUGCCACAAACACAGCAAACAGGAAAUAUACUUUGUUAGGACAUACUCCAUUAGAUUGUAAACUCUAAUUCUGCACAGCUUUGCAGCUUUGCUGUAGUGUAAAUGAAAGUUGGUCACAGAGUGUGUUGCAGUAUUUUUUACACAUCAAUUUCCAAUUUGUAAUAUAAUUAAAAAAUGCCUGUUUUAGCAUUGAACUAACUGAACUGAUUGGUAAUUGUUUCACUUUUUUAUUGUAUUGUAUAUUUUUGGUUAAACUGUGCAUUACUUUUUUUUUUUUUUUUGGUGUGUGUAAUUUGUUUCUUGACUUCUGUUCUGUGAGUGAUGCAGUUCAAUACCUGCCAUAUUAACUAUUACUGUAGUUUUUAUUUGUUUUAAAAAUUUGAUAGGCUGAAUAUUAAAGCGAAUAAUGCUGUUUUUGUACCAUUUGUAUGCACUGCUACCUAAAAUUUUAAAAGAUUAUAAGAAGUUUAAAACUUCAAAUGACAACCUGGAUUCUCACUACUGCCACUGAGUUGAUAAUGCGCUGACUGACUGCACUUAUUAUUUAGGGGUCAAUAAAAUAUAGAGAAAAUGA